AGGCGGGAUUGGGGGGGGAAGGGAGAAGCGGCGGAGGCCGGGUGACCACCGGAGAAGGAGCCCUCCGGGCGGCCUGGCGGGGCGGGAGGAGGAGGAGCCCGGUCCCGCCCAUGGAGGCGCCUGGCCAGGGGUCCCGGCGCUCGGCGGCGGCGGCGGCAGCAGCAGCAGCAGCGGCAACUAUGCUGCUGCGGCCGGCGCGCGUGCCCCGCGAGUGCUGGCCGCUGCCCACCGCGCUGCUCUGCGCCUAUGGCUUCCUGGGCAGCCUGCGACCUUCUGAGCCCUUCCUCACGCCGUUCCUCCUGGGCCCCGACAAGAACCUGACGGCGCGGGAGGUCUUCAAUGAAAUUUACCCAGUAUGGACUUAUUCUUACCUGGUGCUGCUGUUUCCUGUCUUCCUUGCCACAGACUACCUCCGCUACAAGCCUGUGAUUUUGCUGCAAGGACUCAGCCUCAUUGUAACAUGGUUUAUGCUGCUCUAUGCCCAGGGCCUUCUGGCCAUCCAGUUCUUGGAAUUCUUCUAUGGCAUUGCCACAGCCACUGAAGUCGCCUAUUACUCUUACAUCUAUAGUGUGGUGGACCUGAACAUGUACCAGAAAGUCACUAGUUACUGUAGGAGCGCAACCUUGGUGGGCUUCACAGUGGGCUCUAUCCUGGGGCAGAUCCUGGUCUCAGUGGCAGGCUGGUCCCUAUUCAGUCUGAAUGUCAUCUCUCUUACCUGUGUUUCUGUGGCUUUUGCUGUGGCCUGGUUCCUGCCCAUGCCUCAGAAGAGCCUUUUCUUUCACCAUAUUCCUUCCAUCUGCCAAGGAACUAAUGGAAUCAAAGUACCAAAUGGUGGCAUUGUUCCUGACACUUCAGCUGCAAACCACCUUCCUGGGUGGGAGGACAUUGAGUCAAAAAUUCCUCUUAAUGUAGAGGAGCCUCCCGUGGAUGAACCGGAACCCAAGCCGGACCGGCUCUUGGUGCUGAAGGUUCUCUGGAGUGACUUCCGAUUGUGCUACUCCUCUCGCCCUCUGCUCUGCUGGUCUGUGUGGUGGGCCCUUUCCACCUGUGGCUACUUUCAAGUGGUGAACUACACGCAGGGCCUAUGGGAGAAGGUACUGCCUUCCCGCCAAGCUGCUAUUUACAAUGGGGGUGUGGAGGCUGUUUCUACCUUACUGGGUGCUGUUGCUGUGUUCACCGUUGGUUACAUAAAAAUAUCCUGGUCCACAUGGGGGGAGAUGACAUUGUCUCUCUUUUCUCUCCUGAUUGCCGCCGCAGUGUACAUCAUGGACACCGUGAGCAACAUCUGGGUGUGCUAUGCCAGCUAUGUGGUCUUCAGAAUCAUUUACAUGUUACUCAUCACCAUAGCAACUUUUCAGAUUGCUACAAGCCUCAGCAUGGAGCGCUAUGCCCUGGUGUUUGGGGUAAACACCUUCAUUGCUCUGGCACUGCAGACCCUACUUACUCUCAUCGUGGUUGACGCCAGUGGCCUAGGCUUAGAAAUUUCUAUUCAGUUCCUGAUUUAUGCAGGCUAUUUUACAUUCAUUGCUGUGGUUUUCCUGGCUAAUGGUGCAGUCAGUGUUAUGAAGAAGUACAGAAAGCCAGAAGAUCCAGAACCAAGUUCUCAAGCAACCAUUUCAUAAUAUUUUGCUGAUGAGCUUCUCACAACCAGAACUCUGCCUAGCAGCAAGGCCUGGGCUAUUUAAAAAAUUUAAGGUGUCUACCUGUAUUUUGGAAUGUGCAUUUCAUGGCUUUGAAGCAGCCAUUCAAUUAUCCCUGUGUUCCUGGAGUUAUGUACUGCUUUCCAGAGACAUCAGUGACAGAUGUUUAUUUUUUGAAUUAUAAUGAGGACUAAUUUAAGGAGAAUUUUUUCUGAAUCAAAGUCAAUGAGAGUGAAGGAGAUAGCAAAAUGGUUCUGAAUCAAAGUCAAUGAGAGUGAAGGAGAUAGCAAAAUGGUUAUGUAAAAAGACUUUUGUGGCUGAGGCCCGAAAGGAUUGCAGGCUUAAUCCCCUGCAACAUUAUAAGGCAGAGUUGAGCAGUGCUCUGGUAAAAUAAUAAUAAUAAUAAUGAUAAUUUUAAAAAAUUGAUUGUGAAAACCAAGUAAUCAAGUGCAAUCAAGCAUCAGGUGGUGGUAUGUAUAUGAGAGUAGAUGAGCCAGAUGUUUCUUAAGUCAAGCUCUCCCAAAUCUGCCAGCCAGAAACUUGGCUUAAUGGGACCAAGAUUUCGAAGGAGUCAUGCAGUGUUACAGGUCAGGGUAGUGUUGGGCUUUCCCUAAUGUAGUUCUUAUUUCUGUCUACUCAUGUGCAUUUGUGUGUUCUUGCCAGUAAUGUUUGCUUGCUAUUUUGUCCUAUGAGGAAUGUGUGUCAUUUUUAAUUGUGAGUUAUUAUUAUUAUUUUAAGAGACAGAGGCAGAGAGUGAAAGAGACUAUAGCAUUAAAGCUUUGUUCAGUGUAGUGUGUGUAUUUGUGUGUGUGUGUGUGUGUGUGUGUGUGUGUGUGUGUAACAAGCUUGAAUCUGGUUUGAUUACAUGGCAAAGCAGUACACUAUCCAAGUCAGCUAUUUAGCUGGCCUGUAAGUUAUUUUUAAAGAUUCAUUGUAUGAAUGUCUUCACUUUCCACGAUGACAAUUAUUUGUCUAGAUUUUCUUUAGAGAUAUAUUUUUGCAUUUUUCAUAUGCUUCCCAGAGAAGCUCACUUACUUAGAAAAUAACUGUUACUUGAGAUACAUGAAAUGAAAUGCUAUAAGGCCUGCUGCUAAUGAUCUAAAUGAAGAGACCUGACCAGAAAACUAAAGGCAGGUUUCUUUUUUUAAUCCUUCAGUAUAAAGGACUAUUAAUUCCAUUAUGAAAAGUUAAGUUUGUGGGUCAUAAGUACAGUCAGUUCAUUCUCUAUUUUCAUUUCCAAAGUAAAAUGAAAGUCUUUUUUCAUCCCCCAUUUAUAGCUUUCAUAUUAUUUGCCCUUCUUUGCAAAAGAAAGAUCUCAUUAGAAGUUGGAUUAUUUGAAGGCCUUUUUAUAAACUGAGCCUCUUUAUCCUGAAUUCUAGAGCAGGGUCAUUGACUCCUGCAUUUUGUACAUUAAAUCUGCCUUUGUUCCUAAGGGUGGACCAUCUUGAAUAUUUGCUUAAUAUAGUGAUUACUAGUGAUUCCAUUUCUAAGUUACUUGAAAAAAUGUCUUCUGUAUACAUUUAUUUCUGAAAUAAGUCUACCAAGUGGUUACUAGUAUAUGUGAUAUAUAAGACUUAUUUUAAUGCCAACUUUGUUGCCUUAUCUUGAAAAGAGUCUAGGAUGCUGCUUUCACCUGGAGUGUUAACUUUUUAAAAGUGACAUGGCUAAACAGUGUGAGAAUUAGUGUCAAUAUUGUAAAAUUAACAUAUUCAAUUGACCUAGGUAAGGAUUCUAGAAGCAAAUGAAUAGGAAGAAAGGUUAUUUUCCAUUCACCUUUUCUGUUUAAAUGAAAAGAACUUUUGUCAAGAAAGAAAAGGGGGCAUAAAUAUCAUAAAGCAACAACUUUAAAUUUUCCUUUUUUUUUUGCUAUCUAGUUACUCAGAAAUAAGUAGCAAGGUGGUGUUAGAGGGAUUUUAUUUAAAAAUGUUUAAAAAAAAGGACUGUUGUACAAAUUGUUCACAUCACCAAAAAUAGCAUUUCCCUGAAAUUUAAUUCAGCAUGUUGUGGUAUACAACAGGAGCAUUUACUUACAGACAAGUAAGUUCACUUCAUGGUGUGUAGGCUUAUCUGUAGAAUACUGAACCCAAUUUGUAAGUUGUACUGUAUGCAGUUUUGCAGAGAAAUGAAAAUUGUGCUUUUUAUUCAAUCCUGUAUAGAAUAUAAAUUAUUUUUAUUAAAUAAUAUGUUCCUUUUCAAUCAAAAUUGUUUUAGAUUUAUCUUUUGCUUCAGUAGGAACUUUUGAUCAUAUCUUUAAAUAUUUUAGUAGUAGUUUCUCCUAGGACAGAUUUCAUAUUAAACCUUCUCUUCACCUGACCAGUUCAACCUAAGCUCAUUCUACUAAUUCUUCCAUUGCUCUUUGAUCUUUACCUUAAACUCCUUCCCCUUAUUUCUGCUGUUUUCUCAAGCAUCAUGUUACACUGUUCUCUUUUCUCCUCACCUUGGACUGACUUACCUCUCUUUAGAAUUCAUUCUCCCUUUUAGAUACUAAAUUAGACUUACACUUCUUCCUGUGUUCACUGAAUUUUAAACAUAAAGGAAAUGAAGUUGAGUGGUCCGGGAAAUGGUGCAGUGGAUAAAGCAAGCAUGAGGUCCCGAGUUCAAUCCCCGGCAGAACAUGUACCAGAGUGAUGUCUGGUUCUUUGUCUCUCUCUCUCUCUCUCCUCCUAUCUUUCUGAUUAAUAAAUAAAGUCUUUUUUUUUUAAAAAAAGGAGUGGUCCGGGAGGUGGUGCAGUGAUAAAGCUUUGGACUCUCAAGCAUAAGGUCCCGAGUUCGAUCCCCGGCAGCACAUGUGCCAAAGUGAUAUCUGGUUCUUUCUCUCUCCUCCUAUCUUUCUUAUAAAUAAAUAUAAUCUUUAAAAAAAAAGGAAAUAAAGUCAAAUCAAGAACAGAAGAUACCAUCUUGAUUUGAAACUUAAAAGUCUGUGUGCUGUACCUCAAAUAUUCUGACAUGCAGGAAAGCAUUUUCUUGCCUUCAGUUGAGAAUCAGAUGUUCAUUACAUCCCAGAAAUCAAGUCAUCUUUUCUUCACAGUUUCAAACGAGUCUUUCCCAUCCCAUUCCAAAACCUGGUUGACUAAGCGUUUAAGCAUUUCAUUAACACCAAAGACUUGGCAGUUUUCUCAUGGGAAAAAAAAAAUUACACAGUUCUCUGUUCCUACAGCUAUAUUCCCUGUAUCAUAAUGCCUUUCAGAUUGUAAGCUUCCUGAGCAGGGACUGUCUUUUUUUCCUUUUGUUUCAAAAAAGAUCCAAAUGCCAUAUGAAAACUGACUUAUGUAAAUAAUAUUUAAUGGACUCAAUAUAA